GGGAAGUCCUUCUCUUAACUCUGGAGUAGAUCUCUCAGAACCUAAACUUUCAGGAUAAUCCAUUAAUAUGGACAAUCGGCCUGGCAAAUGGACAGCCAUCUUUGUUCUGUGUACAUUAUUCAUUUACCAGGUGGAGGCUGCUUCCCUCAGUGGCCUUGCCCAAAAGGCGGCGGUGAGACUGCCAAGGAUGACACCGUUUUGGAGGGGACUGUCCUUGCGUCCUAUAGGUGCUUCAUGCAGAGAUCCCUCAGAAUGCCUCACACGACUGUGCAAAAACAAUCGCUGCUCUUUGCAGACGUUUGCUGAUUGAGCAAAGUUAAUUUUGGUCAAAUCUUUUUACCCACUUAUCUGCAGUGAAAAAAAAGAAAAAAUAUGAGGAGAGGCGUCCUGGGCAAAUAUACUAACUCAUGCUAUUUAUUAAAAAAAAGAACUUUUAUAUGUCA